CUGCACAGUUGCUGCUGUGAGUUCAGUUAACUACGAUCAACAGAUUCACCUUCUCGACCUCCACCACCCUCGCGAGCAGAGUCCACGACCACAAACAGAGGGCAAGCCAUCGAAGCUCCUAUCGCCCGAGAUCCUCCGAAAAGCCGUAAGAUCCUUCCGCCGGAGCAUGUUCCCGCAGUUCGGAGCCACGGCGGAGACGCUGAGCAAGGCGUCGACGAUGAUGUUCCGGAUCGGCACCGAUGCCCACCUCUACGACGAUCCAGACGACGUCAGCAUCGCUCCGCUGCUCGACAGCAGGUUCGACUCCGAGAAGUGCGAGGCCCUGAAGCGCUUGUUCGCGCUCAUCGCUCAGGGCUACGACGUCUCCAACUUCUUUCCCCAGGUUGUCAAGAAUGUCGCGUCCCAGUCCCUUGAAGUGAAGAAGCUUGUCUACUUGUACUUGCUGCAUUACGCUGAAAAGCGUCCAAAUGAAGCAUUGCUUUCCAUCAAUUGUUUCCAAAGGGACUUGGGGGACACUAAUCCGUUGGUGAGGGCCUGGGCACUCCGUACAAUGGCUGGAAUUCGUCUUCAUGUAGUUGCACCCCUCGUUCUUGUAGCCGUAAACAAGUGCGCUAGAGAUCAAUCUGUUUAUGUGAGAAAAUGUGCUGCUAAUGCUCUUCCCAAGUUGUUCGACUUGCGCAUUGAGGAAAAUACAUCUGCAAUUGAAGAGGUUGUUGGAAUACUGUUGAAUGAUAAUUCCCCUGGAGUAGUUGGGGCUGCUGCUGCUGCUUUUGCUUCGGUUUGUCCAAAUAACUUCCCUUUGAUAGGGAAGAGCUACAAAAGAUUGUGUGAGAUUCUGCCUGAUGUGGAAGAGUGGGGUCAGAUAUUGUUAAUCAGCAUUCUUUUACGCUAUAUAGUCGCACGACAUGGUCUAGUAAGAGAAUCAAUCAUGUCUUUUCUGAUUAAAAAAGAGAGUUCGAAUCGGGAUGAUGAGGAUGUGUUUACCAGCAAUAUAGAAGGAGAAGAAAACACUGACCAGAAUGAUGUUUAUGAGUCUGAAUUGGCCAAUACAAUAUGCAGGUCGUACAUUGAAGGACCGGAUGAAUACUUAUCACGUGCAAGUUACAUUAAUAUGGAUUCACUGAAGUUAACUUCUGCAAGAUAUACAUCUGGGAAAAUAAAUAAUGAUAUUAAGAUCUUGCUUCAAUGUACAUCACCACUGCUAUGGAGUUAUAAUAGUGCAGUGGUAGUUGCUGCUGCUACUGUACACUGGAUUAUGGCGCCAAUGGAGGAUGUCAAAAGGAUAGUUAAGCCGCUUUUGUUUGUCAUGCGAUCCUCUAAUGCCUCAAGAUACGUGGUGCUUUGCAACAUUCAAGUUUUUGCAAAAGCAAUGCCCUCUCUUUUUGCGACGAACUUUGAAGACUUUUACGUAGUUUCUUCUGAUACAAGCCAAAUCAAAGCUUUGAAGCUUGAUAUACUAGCUUCCAUUGCAACUGAAUCAUCGAUUCCAUUCAUUCUGAAGGAGUUUCAGGAUUAUAUUAGGGAUCCAGACAGGAGAUUUGCUGCAGAUACUGUGGGUGCGAUUGGUUUAUGUGCACAACGACUUCCAAAAAUGGCAGAUGCAUGCUUAGAUGGUUUGUUGUCUUUGACUAGGCAUGAAUUUUUCUCUGGUGAGCUCGGUUCUCUUGAUGAGGAAGCAGGAGUUUUGACGCAAAUAAUAAUGUCCAUCUGGUCAAUUAUAAACAGAGAUCCAAUCAGCCAUGAGAAGGUUGUAGUCCAAUUGAUUCGUAGUUUAGAUUCGAUCAAGGUGCCGGCAGCUCGGGCAAUAGUUAUUUGGAUGGUAGGAGAAUACAACUCCAUAGGAGAGAAAAUUCCGAAGAUGUUAACCUCUGUGCUUGGGUAUCUCGCUUAUUGCUUUAAGUCAGAAGCGCUAGAAGGAAAGCUUCAGAUUCUUAACACUAAUUUCAAGGUCGUGUUAGGUGCUACAGGGAAAGACAAAUUAAUAUUUAGAAAGACUCUUGCCUUUGUGCUAGAUUUGGCUGAAUGUGAUGCAAAUUACGAUAUUCGCGACCGAGCUCGCUUUCUCAAAAAGCUUUCGGAAUGCAAUAUAGGCUCUUGCCUUUCAGAGACACAAGCAGAUUCUUUGCCACAAAAUAAAAACCUGCAUUGUGUACUUGCAGAGCACAUUUUUGGGGGCAAACUAAAGUCAAUCUCACCUGAACCACUAAACAGCCGAUUUUAUCUCCCUGGGUCGCUUUCGCAGAUUGUUUUCCAUGCAGCUCCUGGGUAUGAGCCUCUUCCAAAGCCUGGCAGUUUGCUCCAGGAUGACCCGGAUCAGAUAUCGAGUGCUAAAGGUAAAAAUAUGCCUGAAUAUGGGGUUGCAGAUAGUGGUCCCACUGGGAUGGAUGAUUUUGAUGCUUCUGAUGGGUCCUCGGAUGAAGGAAGCACUUCAAAUUACAGCUCUCAGCUUUCUAUGACCGGCUCCGGCAGUGAUGUUUAUAAUUCUGAAAUUGGUUCUGCUAGUGAAGCAGAUAACAACACUGGUCCUCUGAUACAGAUUUCUGAAAUUGGAAAUGAGAAUUUAGCUCCACAGACUGGGAAUGACUAUAUGGGUGAUUUAAUAUCAAAGACAGCUCUUGAAUCAUGGUUGGAUCAGCAGCCUGGAUCAUCAAACACGAGUAUAUCACAUUCUAAUCGAGUCCGUAGAUCUUCAGCAAGAAUUAGUUUUGGGAACAUCGGACAGCAAGUCAAACAUAAAAUCUACACGCUCUUAGACCCAGCAAAUGGAAAUGGGUUGAAAGUUGAAUAUUCAUUUUCAUCAGAAGUUUCAAGGGUAUCACCUCUCCUAGUAUGCAUUGAAGUUUCUUUCAAGAAUUGUUCUGCAGAGUCCAUGACAGCAGUAAAUUUGGUGGAAGAGGAAUCCAGCAACGGACGGGAUUCUGCUGAUCAAAUAGUGUCUGCUCCUGAAAGUGAUGUGCCAACUUUAGUUCCUAUGGAAGAGAUCAAUUCUCUGGAACCUGGUGAAACAAUAAAAAGGAUUAUGCAAGUGCGCUUCCAUCACCAUUUAUUGCCUCUUAAACUUGCAUUGUUGUACAAUGGCAAGAAGGUUCCUGUUAAGCUGCGCCCUGAUAUAGGGUACUUUGUCAAGCCACUUCCGCUGGAUUUAGAAGCCUUCACAGAUAAGGAAUCCCAUCUCAGAGGGAUGUUUGAAUACAUGAGAGGGUGCAGUUUUAACGACCACGUUGAAGAGCUAAACAAGGACAGGGACGGUGACAUAGUGAAAGAUAAAUUCCUUCUAAUAUGUGAGAGCCUAGCACUGAAGAUGCUCAGCAAUGCAAAUCUGUCCUUGGUAUCUGUGGAUAUGCCAAUUGAUACCAAGCUGGACGAUGCAACGGGUUUGCGCCUGCGAUUCAGCUGUGAGAUCUUGAGCAAGUCUAUUCCUUGUUUAAUUACUGUAACCGUAGAAGGUAAGUGUUCAGAGCCACUCAAUUUAGUGGUUAAAGUCAAUUGUGAAGAAACAGUAUUUGGGUUGAACCUUUUGAACAGGGUGGUAAAUUUUUUGAGUGAAUCCCUACACCAUCACCCCUAAUUGAAUAUUGGGGGUUGGAUCCAUACAGUUGCUCAUCAUUAACUGAGGAUUAGCAUAAAGGAAUUUACAAUCGCCGUUCUGAUCUUUCGAUUGCUUUCAUGGUUUA